UUGGUCUACGUGUUUUUAGAAGAGUGGAUCUUUAAAAUUGGCAGUGAAUAAAAAAAAUGCAUAUAUCUUUUUGCAGGUCUUUACGUUCAGUCUUGCAGCCACACAGACGUCAGAACAUCAUAAAUACCCCGCCAAGGCUUUUGCCGGGUGAAAGCAGUAGAAAAAAUCCAGCAUGGCAAAGGUCAUGGGUUCAACUCUCAGAAGCACCUGUGUGAUCUCACAAGUCACUCUUAGAGGCAAUCCAGCAAGACGAUGCAGAGCACCUUAUACAAGAUCAAUGCCUCGAGUGGUUAUGCAGGCAGAGAAGACUGUCACCUUUUCAUCUGACAUCAGCACUGAUAUUCCUCUUUAUGAGGUUCCUCAGGUUUCUUUUGAUCAAUAUUUGAGUGAUAGGACAAGAGUAUUUCAAGCAAUAUUCCCAGACAAAAGGAGGAGUGAGAGGCUAAAUGAUGAUGAAUGGCGAAUUCAUAUGUUGCCUAUCGAGUUCCUUUUUGUGUCUGCAUAUCCAGUUAUUGAUAUGAGUAUAGUUCUAAAAGAACCAGGGCAAGGAUUCCCUGAUGGUAUCGCAAAAAGUGUUAAAAAAGUUAUAACCUUGGAAGCUAAAAGAUGGGAUCUUCGAGGAUUAGAUUAUAUUUUGAAACCAUCAGAUUUUGAACUUGGAGUUCGUGGGGUUCUUUACUCAGAGAAAUAUGGAGUUGCAUCGAGAUUAAAGGCACAGAUGGAGAUGAGCAUUAGCUUUGUAUUGCCUCCAGCACUUGCUGUGGUUCCUGAAGAUGUUCUCAAAGGCAUUGGUCAUUCAGUUCUCCUUCGACUGCUGGAGAAUAUGAAGCAGAAAGUCAACAGCAAACUGCUUUCUGAUUACAGAGAAUAUGCAACACAGCAAACAAAAAGCAGUCAGGCAUGGAGAGAUGGAAAACCUAUAACAACGGCACUAUAAGAAUGCCAUGGCUAAUUGCAAAAUGGAAGUUAGACUAUAGAAUGGUGGUCUGAUUUUCCUUUCUUAUACAUUUAAAUGUGUAUGACUUCUCUUAUGCAGAAGUAUAGCUGUAGAAACAUGUAUAACUGAUGUAUGUACGGGGUUUGUGGCUCAAACCCCACAGAGAGUGCUUCCUUUGGUGGGUUUGAUACCCCAUACAUUCCAAAUGUUAUUUAUUUAUUCAUUUUGGUUGUUGGAAACUAAAUGGCUCCGUUUACCUUGGAUCCACUUCACUUUUUUGAAAGGAGGCCAUUUGGAAUACCCAUUGAUGUGAUGGAAGCGGCAUCUCAAACUUAUGUAAAUGUAAUUUGAAAUUUUGUUAAAAAUGAAAAUGGCAUCUCUUUGUUUA